AGGUAAAUAGCUGCAAGUUGGCAGGAAGAGCGAGCGAGAGGAGGUGAAUGAUGUCAACACUAGAAUGAUCGUCUCGGUCUGACAAUCGCAGGGCCUUUAUAAAUCAUCGAUUCAUUGAUGUGAAUACUAAUGGCCCGGUGGGAUUUUAUCAGUAAUGGUCUGCUUCAUCUCAGUGGUGGUCGUUGUGUGGGCUCUGUCCUUUAAGGCGCAUUGCAGCUUCGCUCAACGACUCCAGUAUCCGCUGCAGCAUCCGGAGGAGUCCAGAUUCUACUGGGUGUUUGACCAGCGAUCAAAAGACAUGAAGAAUCUUUGAGCCGGGUCUGUGUCAGGUGAGCUGCAUGGGUUACACGCAGGGUCCAGAAAUAUACCAGCCGAGCUAAGAUUGCGAGUAGGAAAAGUCUUUGAAGGACCAUGCUGUGCUCAGAACGUGGUGUGGUGGAGGAAUGGCUGUCAGAGUUCAAGACGUUACCCGAUGAGCAAAUCCCCAGCUAUGUCGACAGCCUGUGUCUGAAGAAAGCUCUGGUACCUGCUCUUUAUGCUGUUAUACAGGAACAACCCAGCAGUGAGCUGCUGGCUCCGGUGUGUCAUCAGUUGUUUGAGUUAUACCGAAGCUCAGAGAUGGGUUUGCGUCAGUUUACGCUGCAGUUCCUCCCUGAACUCAUAUGGGUGUACCUGCGUCAUUCUGCCAGCAGAGAGCGCUACCGCAAUGGCUGUGUGGAGGCGCUGCUGCUGGGCAUUUAUAACCUGGAAAUCGUGGACAGUAAAGGAAAUGGCAAACUGUUGUCCUUUACCAUACCGUCCCUCUCCAAGCCUUCCAUAUACCAUGAGCCAUCUAGUCUGGGGUCUAUGGCUUUAACCGAGGGAGCCCUAAACCAGCAUGACCUCAUUCGGGUAGUCUACAGCGGCCUGCUUUCUCAGAGGGAGACGCUUACUUCGCAAAACAGAUUUGAGGUGCUGUCUUUUUUAAUGCUCUGCUACAACUCAGCUGUGGUCUACAUGCCUGCGUCGUCCCACCAAUCAGCUUGCAGAAUGAGUUCACGGCUGUGUGCGAGCGGUUACCCGCGGCAGCAGCAGAAGUCAUGGAAGGAGUCAUGCAACCGUGUGCGCUUGGACCCGGAGUUUAUGGUGCAGAUGCUAACUGCGGUUUAUUAUGCCAUUUAUAAUGGGCAGUGGGAUCUGGGGAGGGAAGCUUUGGAUGACAUCCUCUACCGAGCACAGUUAGACCUCCAUGCCCAGCCAUUACUGGUGGCAAAUGCAAUUAGUCGCUCACUUCCGUCCCGGCCUCCAGAGGGCUCACGGAACCUUCUGGAAGUGGAAGUUACGCCUGCUGGAAGGUGCAUCUCGCAGGCAGCCAUCACUGCUGCUUCCAUUCGACGGCUUCGCUGGAAACGAGAGGAUGCUGAUGGCGUGAGCUGUGGAGAGGAUUCUUUUGACCCAGAUGAAGGUUUCUCCUCUGGGGCUUCCAGCAGCAGCCAACCCAGCAGCGUGAAACGCGACUGGGUCAUAACAGGGAUCCGACCGUCCCGCAAUCUAGGAGCCAGGCAGAGAGAGAGCACGUCGGCCGACACUAGAGCCGCCCUCCGGAGCCUUCACCAACGGCACCAGUCCCCUCCCCCUGCUGUCAGCCUCCGUACCGCAGUAGGAAGUCGCAGCCCGAGUCCCAGCGUUCCUAGACAGUUCCUUGAUCCUCAUUACAUCCCUCCUUUCGCUGGUCCACCACCCAAAACUGCCAGCACGUCUUCUAGCAAGUCCCUUGACUGUACAGGACUGAAUGGUUCAUCAGGGCCUACUGAUAGCCUAUCUCUAGGAAGUCUCAGUGCAGACAGGGCUCAUUAUAUGUCAGCCAUCAGCUUGCAAGAAGAGCGACUCGGGCGAACAGCAAGGAGCCAAGAUCUCAUCUCCCCUGGGAGUCAGUUUUCGUCUGGAAGCCCUUUGUCCAAACAGUCUCGCUCACCCAGUUUUAAUAUGCAGAUUAUAUCACAAGUGUAGAAUGAUUUGGAAGGAUGGGUUGUGUGUGUGCAUGAGUGAGAGAAAGAGAGGUGGGGUGACGAAGCUGAGAAAAGGUUAAACAUGCAUGUGAAUGCUUGUGAAUGGGAGUGUGCGCAUACCUGUGCUCAUACACUUUUAUCAUUACCAUUAUGCAUUAUGGGUUUGUCGAGGAGGAAAUGUGUUUUGCACAAUACUUCUCCUAGUGGACACGUUCAGAUGUGCACAUGGUCAGAGACUAUUUUAAAUGUGCCAUACAAACAUACAAUAACAACACGGUGUUACUUUGAGAGGAACAAAAACGUGUUACUGUAUCAGAGCAAUUCAAAACAGACAAUCACUGUCGAUGCAUAGAAAGAGGCCUGAUAGUGCAUGAUCCAAAGACUUUUAUCCAGCCCAGCUGUAGGACGUCCUGAAGAAAACCCUCUUCCAUUUCACUGUUUCAGUUGUGCUGAUUGAGCCUGCUUGUUGUUGCCUGUGCUCCAACCACCAUAGAUAAUAAAUACAUUGUGUGGACUGCCUCAAUGAAACGCUUCAUUGUGAAAUGAAAAUCAUGGUAUAUGUUGUACUUUGGAACAAGUUUAUAUUUUAAAUUGUGUAUAUUUGUGUAUAUGAUUAUUGUACUAUAGAAAGAGUAUAUGCUAACAAAAUCUAUAUUGCGUGUACAGAUAGGACCCUAUGUAUUGAAUGGUGAAUAAAUGUGCUGUUCAUGGGUGUGCUGUUGUGUUUAGUUUAUUAGAAAAACAGCAAGAUCUCUGCUGCAAAGUUACAUUUUAAAGGGAUACUUCACCCAAAAAUUUAAAUUCUGUCAUCAUUUACUCACCUUGGAAUUCUUCCAAAUCUGAUGUGGGAAAAUAGGAAAAAUUACUUUAUCAUUUUUAUGGUUUUGUUGAACACAAAAGAAGACAUUUUGAAGAAUGUAGGACAGCAAACAGUUCUGGGGGACUUUUGACUACCAUUGUAUUUUUUCCUACUAUGGUAGUCAAUGGGAGGCUAAAUCUGUCUGGUUACAAGCAUUCUUCCAAAUAUCUUUCUCUGUGUUCAUCAGAACAAAGAAAUUCAUACAGAUUUGGAACUCGAAGGUGAGUAAAUGAUGACAGAAUUUUCAUUUUCGGGUGAAGUAUCACUUUAAGACAUGGGGGUUGUUACAAUUCUUUAGUUAGAGCAGUGGAUCUCAACCUUUAGCUUCAAGGCCUCUCACUCACAGUCUCUACCCAAUAAAAUAUUCUACAGUU